CAAAACCGGCGUCCCGAGUCCACAGAUAGAAACGGCGGCCUCCCCUCCCUCCUCCCCGAUCGAUUCCCGCGCCCCCACCCACAUCGCCGAAAAGCUUCUUCCUGCUCAGCCGCACAAGCCAACCGUACCCGCCGGUGUGCAGGUCGCCGUUCGUUAGUUGCUCUUGCACAACUCUCUGUCUCUGCUGCUGUCCUGCUUCCUGGUCAAAUAUAUCCGUCCUCGGCUGGCGCCUUCUGGAAAUUCCGGCGGGCUGCCGUCCUCCGCUUGCGUUCUUGCCCGUCCAGGGCGGUGGUAUUAAUCCGGGGAUCCAGUCGUCUAUCGCUUGGGGAAACGAGAAAGGGGAGAAAGAAGGCGGCGGCAGCAGAACAAGCUCGAGUUCAGAGAUAUUGUUGCUGCAAAUUUCAGAGCACUAAGAAAUCCUUUUGAGAAGAUUGACAUCUGGCAACCUUCAGACCACCAAGCUCGGAUUUUUAUCGGUCCUGACAACGAACUCGUUUCCUCAUUGCGCGCGCAUUACAUGCUGGUUGCGGCGUCGCUCAUGGCGACGGAGGCGACGGACCAUCUCGCCGGAGGCCAGAUGCAGGCGAGGCGGCAGCAGGGCGGGAGGCCCGCCUUCGCCGUCUGCAGGCAGCAGAGAGCCGCUGCGGCGGCAGCCAAGCAGGGGCAGCGCCAGAACGUGCCGCCGUCGACGAAGCCACCGCCGACGGCGGGCGGGCUCAGCGCGGAGGCGUUCCUGGUGCUGGCGUGCGUCGCCGUGUCGCUCAUCGUGCUGCCGCUGGUCCUGCCGCCGCUGCCGCCCCCGCCGCCGCUGCUGCUGCUGGUGCCCGUGUGCCUGCUCCUGCUUCUCGCCGCGCUGGCCACCUUCAUGCCGUCGGAUGUCAGGACCAUGGCAUCCUCCUACUUGUAGUUAUACUUUUUUGUAUUGUAAACAAACCUGUAAUUCUUUUUGUUGCGGCCUUUUUUAUCUUUCUGUGUAUGGCAUAAAAUGAGUAAAGGAAAUGCAAUUUUUUCUUUCU